AUGGGCUGGGCCGGGUGGUUUGCUCGUUGGUUGGUCGAUUCCCCUUGCCUCUGCAUUAUCUUGCCUCUGGUUCAGCAAGGCCAGCCCCUGUUACCCCAACUAAACUCAUAUUGCUGGCUCUACAGAUUCUCUUUCACCUGCAGUAGGUCACGGCGGCAAAAUAGGGCCCCCCUACCCUUUCUCGCAUUAUGGCACCACACACAUCACACAUAUCCUUGGCAAAGACGAAACGGUGAGGUGGAGGGUGUGGCAACGGCGUGCCCCGUCACGGCCAAAAUCCGUUCAAUAUUGUUUCUAGGCAUCUUUCCCUAG